AUGUUUGCGAACUUAGCUCCAGUUUCAGUCGGGGUGCUUGCAUUGCUCAAUGCGUGCAGUGCCACCGCUGCGACAUACCCAUUCACCGUCUAUCGUGGCACUUUCAUUCAUCUUCCACGUUUGAACUCGACUUCGGACAAACCGGAGCUUGAUCGCAACCAGGGUGUCCUUUGGGUAUCUUCUGCAGAUGGACGUAUCAAAGGAUACGACUGGUCCGUCAAUGACGAUGCCAGUUUUCAAUCAUUCCUGUCAAGUCACGGAUGGACCGAUGGCACUAGUACUAGCAAGGGGACUCAGGUCCAAGUUGUUGAGUCCAACGAUGCUCGGAAUGAGUUCUUCUUCCCUGGAUUUAUUGACACCCAUAUCCAUGCACCACAGUUCCCCAACAUUGGCCUUUUCGGCUCAUCGGGACUAUUGGACUGGUUAAACGAAUACACUUAUCCCACGGAGGCAAGCUUCGGUUCCAAGUCGGAUCCCAACAACCAACAGACAGACCCCAAAGACACACCUCCAGAGGGACUGCGUGUCUACGAUGAGGUCGUCGCUCGCACUCUGGCCCACGGCACAACUUGUGCAUCCUACUUUGCGACGAUCCAUGUCCCAGCCACCAACGCUCUCGCCGCACUAUGCCACUCCCACGGCCAACGCGCCUUUAUCGGUCGUGUCUGUAUGGACAACAAAGAUGAAUGCCCAAGCUACUACGUCGACCAAUCCGCCGAACAAGGUCUCAACGCGACCAAAUCCACAAUCGAAUAUAUCCAAACUCUCGACCCGAACGGAACAUUGAUCAAUCCAAUCAUCACCCCCCGAUUUGCACCAAGCUGCAGCAACGCCUCCCUCGACGGUCUCGGCAAACUCGCCGCAUCCUACAACCCGCCCCUCCACAUCCAAACUCAUAUCGCCGAAACCCUAGACGAAAUAGCCCUCGUCCAGCAACUCUUCCCAGAAUCAUCCAGCUAUGCCGACGUCUACGAUAAAGCGCACCUCCUCACAUCCCGUACCAUCCUCGCCCACGGCGUGCACCUCACCAAAGACGAACGCACCCUGAUCCGCCAACGAGAUUCGAAGAUCUCCCACUGCCCAGCCUCUAAUUCCGCUCUUGGCUCUGGUCUCGCUCCUGUCCGUAUCUUGCUCAACGAGGGUCUCACCGUUGGCCUAGGCACAGACGUUAGCGGUGGAUACAGCCCGAGUAUCCUCGAAGCUGCCCGCCAGGCCUGCCUCGUCUCGCGUCUCCUUCAGUAUAGCUCUGAGUAUCAGACCAUGACGGGGAAUGUCUCGACCAACGGCACGGAGAAGCUUUCCGUGGAUGAGAGUCUUUACCUUGCUACCCGGGGUGGUGCAGCCGUCGUCGAUAUGGCCGAUGAUAUUGGUGGUUUCGAUAAGGGUAUGAUUUGGGAUGCGCAGUUGAUCGAGCUAGGCUCUGUUCCGAAUAAUACGGUCAGUCCCCUUGAUGGAAGUUCUGUGGAGGCGCGUGCAGUUACUGUGAAGCGUGUGGAUGCAUCGGGUCCUGUUGGUAAUGUGGAUUUGUUUGGGGAUGAGACUUGGCAGGAACAGAUUCAGAAAUGGAUGUGGAGUGGCGAUGAUCGCAAUGUUAAAAAUGUGUGGGUUCAGGGCAAGUUGGUUCACACCAGGGAUUAA